GUAUCAUAUGACUUCAGUCAGCUGACGAACAGGGAAAUGAGCUGCCGCUGAUCUCUUCCACACCUGUAGAGGGCAGCAGAGCGCGACUGAAGCGCUGUUUAAAACAGUGAGCGCUUCCAUCGGCCUCAUUCUGCUCAGGCAUGGCCACCUCCAGUCUCAAUGCUGUCAGGGUUAGACUGUACUUUGAUUAUCCUCCUCCCGCGACACCUGAGUGUCGGAUGUGUUGGCUGCUGGUGGACUUGAACAAAUGUCGAGUUAUCACAGAUCUUUCCAGCAUCAUAAAGGAAAAGUUUGGCUACAGCCGAAAGACUAUUUUAGACUUGUUUAUUGAGGAUUGCUACCUGCCUGCCACAGAAAAUAUUUAUAUAGUACGUGAUAAUGACAGUAUAAGGGUAAAGGUAUCCACUCCUGUUUAUGUUAAUGGAGCUGAGGCUUGCCAGAUCUCUGAAGCACACAUCUCAAAGACCAAGAAAAGAGUGAGAGAGGAUGAGACGCAGAUCUGUGAAGGUCUAAGUAAAAAGAAGAAGCAUGAAGAUGGCUCUGCACCAGCAGAGGAUGGCAAAAAGAAGAAGAAAAAGAAGAAAAAAGAGGUCAAGUCCCCUCAAAAGAACAUUGCAAACCCUUCCUCUAUGAAAAACAACAGAAAAAGCACUUCUGCUGUCGCCACCAGUGACAAAUCAUCACGUUCGAAGAAUCAUGAAGCGACGUCAGGUUCUUCAGAUAGCGGUGAGGAUGAAUCUCACAAAAAGGCCCCUCCACCAAAACCUAAACCCAAGCAGAAUGGUGCAACCAAAAAGCCCGCUGUGGCUGCGCGGAAAGGAAGCACAUCAUCAGAUUCAUCAUCUUCGGGUGACGUUAAUACAUCCAAAAGCAGCAUCCCAGUACAGCCACUUCCUGUUACACCUAAACCAUCGAGCACAAACUCAAAACUUCCACUACAGACACCUCAGCGUAGAGAGAGCUCCACAGAUUCCUCUUCCUCCUCCUCCUCAUCACCCAGCCAAGUUAAAUCUGUAGCCAAGAAAUCAAGUCAGCCUUCCUCAACCACUCAAAGUUCAGUUCAGUCGGUCUCGUCGUCUGUGUCCAAAAAGCCCCAGGAUAAGGCCGAGAGCUCGGACUCUGAUGCCAGUGAAAUAGAGCUUGUGAUUAAAAAGCCAAACCUACACGGAAUGGGGUUGAAGAUUGCCGGUUUGAGCCCCGGUGUUAGUGAGGCAGCAGGCAGGGACAGAGGAAACACAAGAGGUCAGGAGAGAGGCAGAGGUCGAGGUGCAAAUCGAGGCAGUGGGAGAGGAGGUUUUGGUCGGGCCAAGGGAACACCAUGGAAACAAGACUUUCAUUUCAGCUAUGAAAAUGGCGAGCGGCAGAAACAGAACGAUUCUCUGACUAAUGAAAGUUUUAUUCUGCAGAAUCCACCUGAACCUGCUCCCAAACGAGACUACACAGCUUUACCCUUGCUGGCAGCUCCUCCUGCAGUGGGUCAGAAAAUUGCUUUUAAGCUUUUGGAGCUGACUGAAAACUACACACCAGAAGUGUCUGAUUAUAAAGAAGGGAAGAUUAUUGCAUUCAAUCCUCAAACAAAAGUGCUGGAGCUUGAACUGCUCUCUCAACUGCAAGCUCCAGCUGAACCUGGCAAGUUUGACCUGGUGUAUCAGAACCCUGAUGGAUCAGAGAUAGUAGAGUAUGCUGUCACACAUGGAUCACAGCUGACUGAGCGCUGGGAUUCUCUUCUGGAGCCCCGGCUCAUUGUGGAAAAUGUCGGAUGAUGGUCAGAGAAAACAUGCAGCCUGAGCCAGACCUAUACGAAUAACCUUUUUUUAUUUUAAUGCUGUUUUGUGGAAGCAGCUCAUUCCCAUGAAAUUGUAUUAACUUUUUAUUUUAUUCUCAAUGUCAGUUAAUGUCAAUAAAUACUUUGUUUUUUUUAA